AUGGUUCAGACAGGCGAAAAGGCAAGAAAGCCAAAAGGCGUCGCUGGCUGUGGCGGGAAAUCCCAGAAAUUGGUGCCACGGGUUUGGACCAAUCAGAAUUCGCCAAAAGUCCUUACCCUUGUCGCGUAUCGACAUUUACGUGUAUAUUACGCUUUUAGUUGUGACGGAUUCUGGAGAUGUCCGGUACGGUACGGGUGUGCACGCUGUCCUGUAGGGAACCCGCGCUGGCUUGUUCCUCGCCGCCGCCAGCGCUUCUUGGUUGACGAUCAGAACAGUCUGGGGGAGGACUUGGAGCCGCACGUCAACCCUGAGCAAGCUGGGCCGGAAAGGCUCACGCUGCAAAUCAUGCAAUCGGCGUCCACAACCUCGCAAUUCACGCAGUACCGAAAUAUGUACAAUUCUUGUCGGUUUUCUGGAGUCAUUUCGACAAGCCACGAAAUUUUGGAAUCGACAAAAAUCUUACGGAGUAAGCAAGCGAACUCGCAAAGGCGUGUUUCAGGAUACCCGUAUGCUGGUGCUGCGGUGAACAUCAUCGCAACCAAAGGCACGGAAGUGCCAGAUUCCCACGUCAAUCUGAAGCGAAUCCAUGGAAAUCGCCCAACGUUGACUCCCGGGCGGCUUUGCUGCCUGUGGCUGGGCAUCCGUCGCUGGGGACCGGCGCUGUUACAAGCGCAACUAGAGGCACAGCAUGUAGAGCUGGUCACGGGGCCACUCGCUUCCCCCACCCAAUACGAGCCAAGCCCAGCCUGCAGCUUCCAGGGCCACCCCAAACCGAAACCAACAAGUUUCUCCAGUUUAUCGGGAUUUCGGGAAUUAGCGAAUCCCCAGAAGGAAAUUGGGCAAAAAAGAGACUCUCGGGCUUCAGCGCGAUUUGCUCAUUUGCCCGCCAGCUGGGGAGGCGGAUGCGAGACCCAGCCCCAUGAGUAUGGCUGGCUAUUCUUGCCUCUUGUCGCGGUACCCGCUGCACAGGGCAUUCGAUGACGAAGUAUUCUUUCUAUUCUUUCAUGUCCCAUGCAGAAUCACACUGUUGUUCGUCCUCUCAGCAAAACUUUCCUCGGAGUUCUCGACACUGUCCUCCGUACUCCGUACAAAUGGACAGAGUGCCUGGUGGAUCGGCCCCCCUUGCCAAACGCUGAUCCUGUCUUGGUGUGGAGCAAAGAUCCCUGGAAGUAUUCUGACAAGAUUUCUGUCUUCCUGCCGCUCCUAUCAAAAGUACACUUUCUGUUCAAUAUGCCACGGGAAUCUUGCUUGGGGACACGUACGCAUGUUUGAUCAAAAUGAAGGCGCCUGUUUCGAAGCCAGAUAAGACCACAAUGCACAUCGAUUGCAAGUCGGUCAGGAUCGAUUUUCGAGAGCGUGUGUAAACUCAUCCAGCCCUACAAUCCAAGCUAG